CUCGAGAUGUCUCAAGGAUGGAUGGAGAUGUGAUUUUGUGUCUUUGUCGCCAUUCCUCGCAUCAUCACCGGUGAUGGCUUCAUCGCGAGAUCAGCACCCUGAUGCUAGUAGCCAUAUCGCUUCUCAUACUCAUCUCUCUAUAUCAAUACGCACUCUGCGAUGCCCCCCUGCUCGACCACUUACAGAAACUGAACUCUUGCACAUGGAAUACUUCCACCUCAUCUGUGCCAAGGAAUUCGCUCUCUUCUUCGACCUCCCUGUGUGGGAAGACCUCAUACUCCAGCAGACGCACCGCGAAACGUUCCUGCACCAUGCUGCGCUCGCCAUCGGUGCCCUCAGCCGCAGCCGAUAUCAUCAUCUUGUUACCUCCACCACAUGGCAGCUACCGAACGCAAUCCCCUUCUCAAUUCGGCAGUACGGCCUCGCCAUACAGACAUUGCAUAGCCGAUUACAGGGAGACCAAUCCUUCCAGGGCCUAGAACUCGCCGCGCUAGCUAGUGUGGUCUUUAGCCAGAUUGAGUUUCUACUCGGUAUGGACAGUCAGCUGAAGGUCCAUUUGCGGGCGGGAUGUGCCGUGCUUGAGGAGCUUGGGAGGUGCGACGCAUCUAGCAUUGGCUCGACAAGGCCCCGGAUCCCUGGUUUUUGUGGAGGAGGACCUUUGCGGCAUCGUAGUAGUUACCCCGACACUCUGCUUUCCAACGCAAUCUUGCAGCUCUCGGCACAGGUUGAUUCGUUCAAGAGGGCCCGGCGGGCAAGGCUAUGACCACCAG